CCGCUCAUCUCGACAUAUCCCACUCAUUCUACGCCCCUACUUCGUUCGGAAUUCAUGGCUGAGGCUCCUCCUGUCGACCGUCUUCCUACAGAGGUCCUUGCGGACAUCUUCUCCCUCGUCCCGGGUAAACUGCCUUCCAUGGUUCCUGGUCCUGGUAGCGACUGGGAGAGGUCGUCCGACGUGGGACAACUACGACCUCUCACUGCUGUCUGUCGCGCAUGGCGUGGUGCAGCAAUAGGCACACCUUCCUUGUGGUCAACGGCUCUGGUCUGCCAAACCCCAGACAAAGAGUCUCCAUGGUACAAGGCGUGUUUGGAACACAGUGGUCAAGGUCCUCUCGACGUUUUUGCGGAUCUAGCAACCCGGCGCGGUGUCACGAAGUUCCUCAUGCAAAAUGGUGCGCGCGUUCGCGACCUAUGUCUUGUUUACCCCGACAACCAGGACAGCGUGAGAUACGGACCGAUGCAACUCGCCUUGACGCUUCCUAACCUCGAGCGUUGCACUAUCUCAGGGGGGCUCAUCGUGCGGUCGAGUUUGUGCAGGUUCCCGCCAUAUGCUCUCUUUCCCAACAGUCCUAGACUCUCCGCGCUUCGUCUGGUAACGUGCGACUUCCUGCCCUCCAAGCCCUUCCCAGCACUUACACAUUUGUGUAUUGUGCGAUGCAAUGCACGUAUUGAGGACCUCCUGGUUCUCAUUUCCAAAUCACCCCAUCUCCGAGUUCUCAAAAUGCACCUGAAUGGCCCCGAUUAUCGCUGGAUUGACGUCCCUUCCUUGGAACUUGAAGCCUGGCGAGCCGGCCCGAAGCUCGCCUCGCCGCAGCUGCAGGAGCUCGAGGUCAUAGACUAUCUCCCCGUGUCCGGUUUCGCUCACGCCGAACCCGACCACAACCGCACCAUCUGGUACAAUGUGCUGUCCGCAGUCACUAUCCCUCCUGCGUGUGUCACUCGCAUAGGAGCGGUUAGCUCUGAGCACCUCCUGGAGACGCUGAACCGCUUUAACGUUGGAGGCCGCGCAACGCACGCAUACCUCAACAAGCGUUGGCCGUACCGCGAAACGAAUCAAUCCGGAUUCGCUAUGCACGCGCUCGGUCAAGACAACCCCCUAGACGUCGUCCUCGGCCUCUCGUACAUCGCCACGAUGCCCGGGCCCGAACUCUACUCCCACAUGAGCGGCGCGUUCGCGACCUUCACUGCCCUCCGCCGCCUCUGGAUGCACGUCGACUUCCGCGCCGGACGCAUUGUCACGGACAUGCUGCGUGGUGUACUCGCCGACCUUCCCGCGCUUGAGUUCCUCGCGCUCUUCGCGUCCGACUACACCCGCACCUUCGUGCCUUGCACCGAGCUGCUCCCCGCCAGUGGACUCGCGUCCGACCCGGACAACGUUGUACGCUGCCCCCGCCUCACCACGCUCGCCCUGAAUCCGCGUGGAUGGCCGUGUACCGCGCCGGCCGACGGGGAGAUCGCGUUCGCGCUGGACUUCGCGCGCGCCCGCGCAGCAGCUGGGGCGCCGCUCGCCCGGUUGCUUCUUUGCGAGAACGAGUAUGAGCCCGAGGGAGGACAGCCGCAGAUCACCGUGUGGUACGAGGGCAGCCGCCAGAUGCGCGACGUGGGGCCCGCGCCGGCGAAGACGACGGUGCUGCGGGAGUACGACGCGGCGGGUGCGCUUGUGCGGACGCACGACGGGGACGCGUUGGUCGUCGCUGAGCGGAUGUGGGCGGAGGGCGUCGAGUGGUCCGGGCCAGGGGGCGACUGGACACACUCGUUCCGGUGAUGACACACCGUUUGAUUGCCAUGGCAUGCAUGUGCGGGCGAGCGACGUCGUACCACUCGAGUGGACGGACACCUGUGUCGGGCACGGGCACGGGUCUGCCUUCGUCGAUGGCUUGCUCUGUGGCACCACGGCGGUGCGGAGAAGGGCCGGUGCGCAACAGGCUUUUACGACGUGGCUAAGACGGCGGGCCUUCCGGUGAGCGGGAGGACGAGAAGGUGAUGGAGUUGAUGCGCGUUGUCGACGCUGCGCUCGGGCCGCGUGAGUUCGGGCUAGAUGGAAUCGUGCAGACUGCCAGGACAAUAAAAACGGACUCCGCGUGGACAGUAGGGCUCUAAUGCAUGCCCAGUAGGGCUCUAGUUGCGGGCUCUAGUUGGAGCAGGAGAGCUCUCGGGCAGGAGGACUGGGGGCAGAGGCUCGAUUGCAUGGUAAAAACGCUCGUAUUCACGGCUCAAAAUACUCGAAUACACUGUGUCAGUACGGGAUACGAUACGGACGGCCAAUGGAGGCAUUCGGGGCUACUGAGCGGUCCAGCGGGCUCUCCGCGCACUCAACGAGAAACGGGCGCUUACACUCGCUCAUCGAGACGUCCAAGUCUCGCGUUGCACCGCGUCUUGGCCGCGCGAAUCGGCCGCGAGUGGUUGCUGCUCUCCUGUAUUAUAUAUCGCACGCAUGGUGCAAAGGCUGCCAGGCGGCUGCGACCGUGCGGGGCGCGUCCUAUGCGACCGGAGUGCACCCAAUGUAGCGGCGAGGCGAGUGGAGGAGUCAAUGAGCCCAGAGAUGCCCGGGAAGGACUUUGCGCACUCGCCAGGAGACGGGCGCCUACACCGCCGCGGCCGAGACUCCAAAGUCUUGUCUCGCAUCGCGUCGUAUUCCGUGGUGGAGACGUUCUGUCACGGGCUCGUUGUGCUCGUACAUGUCGUUCGAGGCCGGCUUGUUAUAGCCUGGAACGCGGCCCACCUGCAUGCUGGAAGCGACGAAAAGGAUCGUCGCGGGAUGGGCGCCUAUUCCGACGCUUUCGAAACGUCCAAGUCCCGCCGUGCUGAGCUUCUCUCCUGGAUAUCUUCUCGGGCCGUACUCUGGCUGCUAUUCCGUUGCGCUGCCAGCCUAGUAGCGUACCGUGACGGUGAAAGGGAGACGGGCCGGUGAAGCGGAAGAGUUCGGAGUGUUUGCGCCGGCCUUCGCUGCGCGAACGCAGCCAAAGUUGCCGCGGGAAGACGAGGGGAGGCAUCGAGAGACGGGCGCCUAAACAGACCCUGACGAGAUAUUGAAGUCCGCUGUCGCGUCGUGUCGUCUCUGCAUCCUCGUAACGGCCCAGAACAAACGCCAAGCGGUGCCCAGAACGCCGCACGCCCGCAAGAAAAUGGUGCGCAUGGGCCGACGCAAGAAAGCGACAUGUAGACACUUUUUUCCGCCUGGAAUACACGCAGUGGCAGAGGAGGAGGAGAGAGAGCGUUCGCCGUCGAGCCGGCGUAUGGGCGCCUAAUCUGACACUCCCCGGCUUUUUGAAAUCGCGCCGUGUCGGACGUCUUUUCUCUGCCGCGACCAUCCUCUCCUCGUCCGACGCGUCCUGUGAUACUCAAGAUGCGCUGCCAGCUCGCU